CCCAAGUCGAGAAACAUUUUGGUCCGCCUUAUCAGCACUGCAGGCACUGGGUUCACAUACGUCAAGCAGAGGCCCCGCACGGCUGCUUUCCGUUUGUCGAUGAUGAAGUUUGAUCCGCGCGUCAACCAGCAUGUGCUGUUCAUGGAGCACAAGAUCAAGUAA